GCAGGGAACGGGAACCUUCGGGUGGUGCACGGAUGAUCGCGGAACGGUGACCGGUACGUGAAUCUCGGCCAAGGGUCUAAGGACAGCAGCGAGGAUAGUCGCGAAAUAGCGAGUUAUAAGUUCCCCUUUGCUCACCGUGAGAGAUAAUAAAGGGUGAACGCAGGUAAGACUCGGGUAACGUUGCUUUGACAGGUAGCCUAGCAACAACACCCCUAGCUAGCUAGCUAGCUGGCUAACGUUAGCUGCGCUGUCUAACGGGAUGGUUGACAGAAGAGCUACAACCAGAACAGUAACGUUAUGUAAGGGCGCUGUUCUUGCUUUUACUGGGCUUAGGCGGCCAGCUGGACGACCAAGGCAACGUUCGUGUAACGUUGGGGACAUUUUAAACUGCAGCUGCUGUUGUAGCUUAAGUGUGUGUGUGUGUGUGGUGUAGCUGAGGCUCGGCUAAGCUAAGUUCCUCAGCUGCGUCAGUCAGUAUCCCGUGGCGUGGGUUAAAAACACGGGGUCCUGCUCGCUGGUUCUGGCUGCCCGCCCUUACUUCGUCACCUUCGUGGGUUGUUGUUGUUUUUUUUUAAAAAAAACAAACAAACACGGCGUCCAGUCGAGCCGAACGACGCUGCACCAGAGGACGGUUGUCUUAAAGUAGUGGCCGCAUCUCUUUCAUACAGAAGCAAGUUGUUAAGAACACCUUUGUACGUACAUAACUGUUUUCUUCCCUCUCAGGUUCCUGUUUUUUUGGACCAGAUCCACGUUUUACUGGAGUAAGACUGCAGGUCUAAGUCCAGGGUGGCUCCUUCUGCAUGCAUAGUGUGUACUUACGAGGGGUAGAAGUCAUGUCGGCACUCUGAUAUAUAAAAGGUUUGAAGGUGCAUGUGCAUGUGGCCUGUAGGUGGCGCUAGAGGAGCAUGGAGCCUGACGUAGUCCGGCUGUACUCCUCCUCCCCUCCUCCGCUGGACGAGGUUGGAGAGGAGGAAGACGAGGAUGAGUUUGGGGAUUUUGGAGGUUACAGCGGAGGAAUGUCGUCCAGUUUCUCGGAGUUUGACACGCCCACAGCAUUCGGCCAGCUGUACGCAGCCGAUACCUUGCCCCCUGACCGGCACCUGAAAUCCUUACAGGCUGUCUCCCAGGCAGGGAAGACCCCGGUUGUUGAAGAGACAGGAAAGCCAGCGGAGAAGCACCAGAGUAGCUUGGGCUCAAACUCCAAGCCAUCAGUGUACGAGCCUGAUGUAUCCGUAGGCCGCGAGAACGGAGAGCCGGAGACAUCCGAGGUUCUCGUCAACGGCGUUUCUCCCUACGACCUCCAGGGAGCGCACAUUGCACUCCCUAACACGGCGCGCCAAGGACUUUAUCUUAGCAACAGACACAGCAAGCUCAACAGAGCUCCAGAGGAGGAGGAGCCUAGAGAAUCACGCUUAAACAGCACCGAUACUGGGCCCACCGGGGACCACAGCACGGACACUGGGCCCACCGGGGACCACAGCACGGAUGCUGGGCCCACCGGGGACCACAGCACGGACGCUGGGCCCACCGGGGAGCACAACACAGAGACUAAGCUAGCAGGUGACCAAAGCACACAGAUUACGCUGGCAGUGGCUAAUGGCACAGAGGCCGUAGAGUCUCGCAUUGAUCCUCAACCACCUGUGUCUGCUGGAACCUUCCAGAGGGAGGUACCUGAACCUGGAGACACCGCAGCAGGUGCGCAGCUAGCGGGGGUGACCUCCUAUCUGCAGCCGGGUACCGACAGUACAGCGGGCCCCGCGGCGGUCCCCAGCUCAGAGCUGCCAGAGGAACCCGAGGACGAGGGCCGUCCGGCGGGCCCCGUGGCGGACGAGGACGAGGACUUCGGGGAUUUCAGGGCUGUGGAUCAGGGCUUUGCCGACUUCAGCCAGACCGACUCGGCCAUGCAGGAGGGAUUUGCCGACUUUGUCACCGCACUGUCGGGGUGCUCAUCCGACGAGGAGUUUGGGGAUACGGAUGCCGUAAAGGACCUGAGGGAGGAAGAGGAGCUGGCUGAAGAGGAAGAAAAAGAAGACGAGGAGGAAGGCCCGCGGUGCCCCGAGCUCCCGCAGAGUGACAGCUUUGCGGAUUUCAGGUCGGCGCCGUGCAGCGAUUUGGCGGGUGGGGCAGGCGAGAGCUGGGCAGAGUUUGACCUGCAGGGGUCGUGUGAGAGCCAGCACGAGUCAUGGGCAGCGUUCCACGAGGAGCGGCAAAGUAGCGCUGCAACAUCGCCCCCUAGUGACAGCCUCCAGACCAACGACGUGUCAGGCAUGCUGAGCUGCAGACUGCAGCACCUCUUCCAGAGCACUUUUCUCUCAGAGGUCACCCCUGAGGUCCCAGAGGUCGCCACCCUUCGGCUCCUGCUGGAGCCCCAGGACCACGGGGACAGCCUCCCCGUUCAGGGGGAGCCUGUGGCACUCUGGCACCACCUGCUGGACAUCCACGCUGCCCACGGCCUCAAGGUCCAGUGGGUCGGAUCACAUAGCAACAGAAUUCUGCUGGACAGCCUGGGAAUGCGCAAUAUUUUGUUCACCGACAGCAAGCAUCCGGUGAUCGUGCCUAUAUUUGCUGCUGGCCUGGGGAUGCUUGAACCUACUAAAGAUCCUUUAAAAACUUCGUCAGCUGUUAGAUCAUCGUCUUCAGGCCAGGAUACGUCCACUCUAUGCACACCGGUGGUGGUCUCGUCGCGCAUCGGUGAAGAUGCAUCAGGGGGCGCAGUAUCCCAGCUCAACCUUGAUUUCUUUGGGCCAGCAGAAGAGGAUAGUGAUGUUGACAUUGAUACUGAUGCACCGCUGCCAGGAGUGGAUCCGGAGUUGUAUGAGUUGACCACUGCUAAAUUGGAGAACAGUAACACUGGCAGCAAUAGAACAGACGCUUUCAACAAACUGAUGGAGACUAUUGAGAAAACCAGCACUCUGCAGAGGAAGCCAGAACUAGAUGGGGAGAUAAGUGAAGAGGCUGCCCGAGUGAUCUCUGUCCUCCCCAACCUGUCUUUCAUGAAAGCAAGAGUUCUGAUGUUCCCCGCCACCCUCACCCCAACAGCCAAUCACCUUUGAGCUUCAGCAACCACUAUCCAAUCAUUCAGGAGCUUGCUGCCUUCAUUAUCCUGCCACGUUUGUUGUAGGUGCUCAACUAGCCUGUAGGGGCAGGUGGGCACUUGUCCUCAGCAGAGAAAAACAACAAAAGGAACUUCCUGAAGUACAUCCACCUCAAAGGGGUUUAAACCUUUUGCAUUGUUUGAUAAGUGUGUUGUUGUUGUUGUGGUGGUGGUGUCUUUGUGUUAAUCUUUUGCUUUGUCCUGCUCAAUGUGAGUUCUUUGAUCCUUUUUUUUUACUUAAAUGAAACAUGGUGCAUUAGAGAAAUGGGAGGAACAAUUGCACGCUUUACUUGAAAAGACUGAAGGCCCCCAUCAGUGCUGACAGCUUCACUUCCCUUGCGCUCCCUGUGGAGUUUCUGGGCGUCACGGGACAGAGCAGGUAUCCCGAAAGCUUCUUUUAUGUGCAGCUGAUUUGACCUACAAAAAGGACGCCACAGCCCAAACACUUUCGCGUGCUGUUUAGCGUGCCCGAGAUAUCUGGUAUAAUCCGCUGCCCUUUCACAGUUUGCGUCGUGAUUACGUUUAUUUAUUCAUCCUCUCUUUCCAAUACUUUUUUAUUGACCUUUGCUUCCUUACCAGUUAGUGUGCACUCAGCAAGGCUACCGAGCAAACAGGCUCCCAUUUAUCCAUCGUUAUGAUCUUAAUGAGGGUCCUUUUCUGUGUAUUUAUUUUAUCCUGCGUUUUUGUAUUUUCUUCCUAAAUGCGGUUGUAUUUAUUGUUGUUGUGUGCCUGUGAAACAUGUGAAGGGUGAUCGUGCACGUGACCGUGUGAUUGACGGUGAGGUGGACCGCUUCUCUGGUCAAAACAGCAAGCUGCCUGAAGCGGAGAAAACGUGUUCCGCUGAAAUCAUUGUGACUGGGUGAAAAAAGAUCCCCGUUCCUCCUCUACCCUUUUCUUAUGGAGGCGUUUUUAAGUAGGCUGAUGUGAGUUCAUCUCAAAGAAGAACCAUGGAUUUUACGGUGACUGCAGAGAGAGAGAGAGAGAGAGAGAGAGAGAGAGAGAGAGAGGACCUGCAUUCAUUGUGUUCUGGUUUUUGAUUGGAAUGGACAGGGCCAGACGUAGCUGACGGAUACGCUACCAACGGGUACAUGAACCCUCAGAGCGAGAGACCGUCGCUGUGAACAAGGGCGCAGCUGGAAGACUGGCCCUCUUACACAUUUAUGGCGUUUGGCGGACGCUUUUAUCGACAGUGGAACUGCGACGGGGGCUGUGCACCCGUGGCUAACUGCGGAGAAGUCCCCAGAAAGCAGUGUUUGUUAAAUCAUAACGUUUGACGUUUAAUAAAUAAGCUCUGCACAAUU